AUGAUGAUAAGGUUUGAAACAAAGAAACAAGUUGUAUUGAUAUUAUGGGCAUGGUGGUGGAGUACUAGUAUUUGUGUUAAAGCAGGAAAUGAUAGUUUGAAGGCAGGUGAAAGAUUGGAUGCUAACUCCAGUCUAUGUUCUAAGCAAAGCAGGUAUUGUCUAUUAUUCCAAGACAUAGUAAAUAGCGAAGAUAAUUAUAAUUACUUGGUUAUAGUAAGUAAGAAAAAUUUUAGUGAUCGAGGAUCAGUAAUUUGGAUGUAUGAUAGAAACCAACCCGUUGAUAUUAAUUCCGCGGUUUUAUCUCUAAACAACACUGGUGUGCUCAAAAUUGAAUUUCUAUAUAGGAAAGAAAUAAUCAUUUACUCUUCCCCUCAACCUAUGCACAAUACUGUGGCUACUAUGCUAGACACAGGUAACUUUGUACUUGAACAACUUCACCCCAAUGGAACAAAGAGAGUACUAUGGCAGAGUUUUGAUUAUCCAUCGAGCAUUUUGAUCCCAACGAUGAAGUUAGGUGUUAACCGAAAAACUGGACAUAAUUGGUCAUUAGUUUCUUGGUUAACUCAUUCGCUACCAACUUUGGGUGAAUUUAGUCUUGAAUGGGAACCAAAAGAAGGUGAAAUGAACAUUAAAAAACACGGGAAAGUGUAUUGGAAAAGCGGAAAACUUGGAAAUAAUAGAUUGUUCGACAAUAUUCCAGCAAAUGUUCAACAAAAUUAUCAGUACAUUAUUAUCUCUAACAACCAUGAAGAUUCUUUCAGUUUCGAAAUGAAAGACCGGAAUUCUAAGAUGUCUUCAAAGUGGUCGCUAUCUUCUGAGGGGAGGCUCACGAGUUCGGAAGGAGAGUUAGGAAAUGCAGAUAUUUGUUAUGGAUAUAAUAGUGAUAGAGGAUGCGAAAAAUGGGAGGAUAUACCAACUUGUAGGACGCCUGGUGAGGUGUUUGAGAGAAAGAUGGGCAGACCCAACAUUGAUUAUGCUACAUUCCAAGACAAUGUGAGUUAUGUUUACAAUGAUUGCAAGAUGAGUUGUUGGAGAAACUGUGGUUGCAAUGGAUUCCGCAAAUAUUACGGUAAUGGAACUGGAUGUAUAUUUUUUUCAUGGAAUUCUACACAAGAUGUUGAUUGGGAUGAUGACAUUAAAUUUUACAUAUUGAGAAAGCCAGCAAAGACAGUCCCAGAUCACCAUGGUAAAAGAAAGUGGAUAUGGAUAGGUGCAACAAUAGCAGUUGCUUUACUCAUAAUAUGCGCACUCAUUCUAUGCAUGGCAAUAAAGAAACACAAAUAUGACCUUAAAGAGAAGAAAGUUAAAAGAAAGGAGAAUGAGAUGCAAGAGUUGAACGCUUCCAAUGAAUUAUAUAGUAUUAAAGAUCUUGAAGAUGAUUUCAAGGGACAUGAUAUAAAAGUUUUUAGCUAUGCAUCAAUUUUAGAAGCAACGGUGGACUUUUCUCCCGAAAACAAGUUAGGACAAGGAGGCUAUGGACCCGUUUAUAAGGGAAUCUUGGUAUCCGGGCAAGCAGUUGCUAUAAAAAGACUUUCAAAAACUUCUGGUCAAGGAAUUACUGAAUUCAAAAAUGAAUUGGAAUUGAUAUCUGAACUUCAACAUACAAAUCUGGUACAACUACUUGGUUGUUGUAUUCAUCAAGAAGAAAGGAUUCUAAUUUAUGAAUAUAUGCCAAACAAAAGCUUGGAUUUCUAUCUAUUUGAUUCUACAAAAAGGAAGUUACUCGAUUGGAAGAAGCGCUUCAACAUUAUUGAAGGAAUUUCUCAGGCAUUACUCUAUCUUCAUAAAUAUUCAAGACUAAAAAUCAUUCAUAGAGACUUGAAAGCAAGCAACAUACUUCUUGAUGAGAAUAUGAAUCCAAAAAUUUCUGAUUUUGGCAUGGCAAGAAUGUUCACACAACAUGAAUCAAUAGUAAAUACCAACAGAAUUGUCGGGACAUAUGGAUACAUGUCUCCUGAAUAUGCUAUGGAAGGAAUUUGUUCUACAAAGUCUGAUGUCUAUAGCUUUGGAGUGUUGCUACUUGAAAUUGUUUCCGGAAGAAAAAACAAUAGUUUCUAUGAUGUUGAUCGCCCAUUAAACCUAAUAGGACAUGCAUGGGAGCUAUGGAAUGAUGGUGAGUAUUUGCAUUUAAUGGAUCCAUCAUUAAGUGAGUCAUUUGUUCCUGAUGAAGUGAAAAGGUGCAUUCAUGUUGGUCUCUUAUGUGUACAACAAUAUGCAAAUGAUCGACCUACAAUGUCUGAUGUCAUAUCAAUGUUGACAAACAACUAUGAACCUGUUACUUUACCAACAAGACCAGCAUUCUAUGUUAGAAGUGAGACCUUUGAGGAGGAGACAAAUUCUAAAGUUUUGGACACUGACACCUAUUCUACAACUGCAAUUUCCUCUUCGGAUGUAGAAAGGCAAUAG